UGUAGUGCUGAGGAAUAAACUGUCUAGUUCUUGGUCUAGAUGCUGGGUGGAAGCGCUCCCUUGAAGCCCUCCAGUGAAGUAGCGUCAAGGGUGAUCUUCGAAAGUGCAUUCCACGCAGUUACUGUCCGAGGGAAAAAUGAGUUCUGGUAGAGUUGGGUGCGGGAUGGGAUAGCCAGCAACUUCUUUGAGUGAUACUGUCGUGUGUUGCUGGCAAUCAUGGGUGCUGUGUAAUGGUGUGCAUUGAUGGCUACUGUGUUGUUUUGGAUCUUGUACAUGAGGUGGAGGCUUGCAGCAUUUCUUCUCCUCUCCAGGCUCUCCCAUUUCAGAUGUUGAAUCAUGACCGAGACACUGGCCAUACGACGAUAUCUCUGGAGGGUGAAUCUUGCUGCUCACCUUUGUACUGCCUCGAUUUGGGAUAUAUGCUUUUUUUGUGAGGGUUCCAGAUCGAGCAACAGUUUUCCAGAUGAGGUCUAACAAUUUAAGAGAGAAAUUAAUAGGCUUGUUGGCGGGUCUUUUGUGAGGUUUUGCGGAGAUUUCCAAUCAUAUAGAUAUAGUCUAGAUCUAGUAUGGGCUGUCGGUUUCGCUCAAAAAGCCAAAGGGAACUCACUUGAUGAAAAUACUGUUCUCGUUGACAUUCAAAUUAUAUUGAAAACAAAUGAACCUCAGUUUUGUUUAAACCGCCGCGCCGCUAUAAAUGCUAAAUCGGGUAGGCCUACUGUCCACACCUCUAAAGGACACAUCUCUUUUGAUUCAAUGAAUGGAGAAUCAGUGACCAUCCUUUGAUAUUUAUUUUAAAGAUGGAUGACCGUGAUCGACCUGUAUCAACCUUUGAGGUUGGUGAGAAGAAAGCACUGCCGCCUAUUCCUGGGACUCCACCCAAUCAAGGAAAAGGACGCCAUCAUCGUGACAACGUUGAACAGAAUACUCAAACCGAGCUGAACGAGUUCAAUGUGAUCGGAUCAACUAAUAAUAUCACAGAGAGAAGGAAUUACCGUGGCAAUCGGAAAGACGCUCCUAUCCCGUUGACAGGAAGGACGUCACCUCGAAAGAAGAGGACUGGCAUCAGGGUUGAAGCCAACAAGAAAAAGCACCAUUGUGGCUUGUUCGACGCGCCACCCCCCAAACCUGAACGCAGGCAACCAACGGGAUUCUUCCACCCGGGCUUGGCCAGUAUCCAAGGAAAAAGCAAUACAUUCCAGCCUCAUGUUUCCAGAGUUCAACAGAACGCGAAGAAGUUCAUGGCGAAGGAGACAAGGUACAAGGUCGAUACCGUACAUGGACACCGUGUACCAGUGGCCCAAGAGCUUGAUUUCAACCCAGGUCAUGUACAGAAGCAAAAGUGGAAACGUCGACUGUCCCCAAUCAAACGCAGGUAGAGCAAAGUGACGAACAUGUCGAGAAGGACGGCGAAGUACAAACAGAGCAGGAAACUCACAAAAGUGAAGAAUAUGAUGAAGGCGUCCCAAAAGAAAAUUGUGAAAAGCCUUUUGAU